AUGAAAUUUCCAAUCGAGACUCCAAGAAAACAGGUGAACUGGGAUCCUCAAGUGGCUGUUCCUGCGGCAGCACCGGCUUGUCAGCCCAAGAGUGUCACUAACGGGCACUACACAGCCCCACGCCUCUCGAUUUCCUCUCGAGCCACAGUGGUUGCCAGCAUGGAAAAUACCUCCCAGGGCUUACAGACCGUCAUGAAGUGGAAAACAGUCGUGGCAAUCUUUGUAGUUGUGGUGGUCUAUCUGGUCACAGGAGGUCUUGUCUUCCGGGCACUAGAACAACCCUUCGAGAGCAGCCAGAAGAAUACAAUUGCCUUGGAGAAGGCAGAAUUUCUUCAGGAUCACAAAUGUGUGGGCCCGCAGGAAUUAGAUACACUGAUUCAGCAUGCGCUCGAUGCGGACAAUGCUGGAGUCAGUCCAAUAGGAAAUUCUUCCAACAACAGUAGUCACUGGGACCUUGGAAGUGCCUUUUUCUUUGCUGGGACAGUCAUCACCACCAUAGGAUAUGGAAAUAUUGCUCCAAGCACUGAAGGAGGCAAAAUCUUUUGUAUUUUGUAUGCCAUCUUUGGAAUUCCACUUUUUGGUUUCUUAUUGGCGGGAAUUGGAGACCAGCUUGGAACUAUCUUUGGGAAAAGUAUUGCAAGAGUGGAGCAGGUCUUCCGGAAAAAGCAAGUGAGUCAGACGAAGAUCCGGGUGAUCUCAACCAUAUUAUUCAUCUUGGCAGGCUGCAUUGUAUUUGUAACAAUUCCUGCGGUCAUUUUUAAGUACAUUGAGGGAUGGACAGCCUUGGAAUCCAUAUACUUUGUGGUUGUCACAUUGACCACUGUUGGCUUUGGUGAUUAUGUGGCAGGGGGAAAUGCCGGUAUCAAUUAUCGAGAGUGGUAUAAGCCCUUAGUGUGGUUUUGGAUCCUGGUGGGUCUCGCCUACUUUGCUGCUGUCCUCAGUAUGAUUGGAGACUGGCUCCGAGUUCUGUCCAAAAAGACAAAAGAAGAGGUUGGUGAAAUAAAAGCCCACGCAGCCGAGUGGAAAGCCAACGUGACAGCUGAGUUCCGGGAGACACGCAGACGUCUGAGUGUGGAGAUCCACGAUAAGCUUCAGCGGGCAGCCACAAUCCGAAGCAUGGAACGCAGGCGGCUCGGCCUGGAUCAGAGGGCUCACUCCCUGGACAUGCUCUCUCCUGAGAAGCGCUCAGUCUUCGCUGCGCUGGAGACUGGGCGCUUCAAAGCCUCAUCUCAGGAAAGCAUCAAUAACCGGCCCAACAAUUUACGCCUGAAGGGGUCAGAGCAUCUGAACAAGCAUGGGCAGGGAGCGUCUGAGGACAACAUCAUCAACAAAUUUGGGUCUUCUUCCUCCAAGCUCACCAAGAGGAAAAACAAAGACCUUAAAAAGAGCGUCCCCGAGGAUGUUCAGAAAAUUUACAAGACCUUCCGGAAUUAUUCCCUGGAUGAGGAGAAAAAAGAGGAAGAUUCAGAAAAAAUGUGUAACUCGGACAACUCGAGCACAGCCAUUUUGACUAAUUGUAUCCAGCAGCACUCGGAGAUGGAGAACGGAGUGAUACCUUCCGAGACCAAAGAAAGGGAACAUGAAAACAAAUCAUUACUUGAAGACAGAAAUUAAAUGUAAUGUGAUGUUAGUGUUUUUAUAUACAUAUUGAGACAUGUGCCUUAUAUGAACCUCUUUAAUUAGUCUGAAUUACAUAGCGUUGAAGAAUAUUUCACUGUGCCAUAAAAGACUGAAAGCUGGCUCUGCCAAAAUGAAUCAAAGUACAGCACUUCAAAUAGUGACAGUAGAACACACAUCGGGAGUUUCAACAAGUAGGUUACCAUGGUGAAAUGUUAAGGGAGAGAGUUACCAUGGCAAUACAACUGGAAGGUUAUCACCCUGGCAUAAUAGUUGGGGGGGAAAAAAAAGGGCAGCUAUUUUUUAGACCAGCCUUUUGAAAGAAAAAAAAAAGGUGAGAAUUAUGUAGCUUAUCAGUGGAGUCCAGUUUCCUGAACAUCUUACAUGUUUCCUAAAUAUACAUAGCCGUAUGUAUACACAUAGGAAAAGGAGAAAUGGUUGGGGUGAACUGGUAACUUAUUAGAAAUUCAUUUUACAUUUUGGCAAGUGCUCUGAGCUUGAAUUUUUUUUAAAUCAUCUAAUGCAUAGUCUUUCUAAACUUCAAAAGAAUGUCCAUGGAACCUGAGACCAGCUGGAUGUUGGAAGCAGAUCAGAGCAAAUAUGUUAAAAGGUGCAAUUACUUUUCUCAUUAAAAAAGAAAGAAAAGAACAACAAAAAACAUCACACUGUGGAUAUCACCUUAACCAAUGACAAAAAAAAAUAUACUGAAUUUCUUUUUUUUUUCUCUGAGGGGUAGCCCAGAUGAACUGAAUAACAUAGGCAAAAACUCAACUUCAACUACUGUGUUGUUCAAUGGCAAACCUUGUGUUUUCCUUAAUGUGUCCAGUAUCAGGCAGACUGGUUUUAAAUUCUCCCUUUUCACGCUUUCUGGCAGAACUUUGCUUUUAAUGUGGGCAGACAAAGGGGUUGGGGGUGGGGUGGGAAGCUACUGCCUUGCAUGUUGUCAGCAUCCUGCUGUUGACUAUAGCUGAAUAUGACUUUUUACAAAAGCUGAUAUCAUCCAUUUCUGAUACCUAGAGAUAGAUGAGGACCAUGCAUCAUUAGCAUCUCAGGGCUCUCUGUCACUUUUGGGUGGAGUGGGGUGGAGAUGUGAGAUCCAACCCUGAUGUCUCCAAACAAGGCGAAAACCUGUCCAUCAACCAAAUUCAGUCAAUUAGGAACAACAUAUUUUAAGUGCUUAGAGUUUAAGUGCCAUUAAUACCAUUCGUUAUAUUUUGUCAUCCAUCAAAGAAAUAUUUUCAUUUUUUUUAGCUUUUAAGUUUGGGCUCUCCUUCCUUACUGAAGAGCUCUGUUUAUUUUCCCCUCCCUUUCUCUCUCAUUAUCUCACACUCUCUUCCCUAGAAACUGAACCUGGACUUGGUUGGUGAUGUCAAGCCAAAUGAUGAACAAAUAGCCAAAAUGUGAUGUUCUUGAAUGUUCCACGACCCCUGGGGUAGGGGAAGGAAACAAUAGCCCACCUAGUGUCAUGAGACAACCACUUAAAUCAAUUUUUGCUAUAAAUAAGGAAAUGCUAGUGAGUUUGAGGUCCCAGCACUGUUUGCACUUCAGUCUUUGCUAUUGUCUAUUGUCAACUUUGUAUACUCCAAAUGAGGUAUAUUUGAUUGCAUGCUGUCACUGAUCCCCUAAUCUUUGAGAAGAUCAAACAAGGACUCUUUGUUAAAGGUUUCCAUGAUUCAAUUCAUUUCCAUUCAUUGCCUUGGGGAUGUGUGAUCAGUUGACCCAGCAGGAUGAUUUUCCAUAGGAUCAUACUACUAGAAGGGACCUUUAGGCUAGUCCAUCUCCUGGCUUUCAAGCCAGGGACACAACUACAAUAUUCCUGACCAAUGGAUAUCCAUCUGGUAAGAUUUUCCGGGGUGGAAAUCUCCCUGACUGUUUUGGCGGGGCAGAUGCAACACAUAUAGUGGUGUUUCCUUUCUCCAAACUUGGUGUUACCCUUCUCCAAACUUAUCUCCUGUCUUCUUUAGGCUCCAUUUCAUCUUUUCCUUUGGUUAUCCGGUUGAACUAUGGGAGAAGCUUCUGGGUCUUUUGAGAACGCCUAAGAAUCAAGUGGCCCUAUCUACCCCAGAUAGGAUUAUGGUCAGCCCAAAUAAACGUCUAAAUUAAUAGGACUUUGACUCAUAAGACCCUUCAUCUCUACAGUGGCAAUGAGGUGUAGUUUAUUUUACAUGAAGUUAUGCAAGAGGGGACAUAGUUUCUUACUAUGUGUAUCCAUACACAUAGAAGUGUAUUUUUAAGAUGGAUUUUUAAGGUGUAUUUUUAAGAUUCUAAUUCAUGAGUUCACAUUAAGCCUAAGGGCAGUUUCUGGAAGAAAAGGCCCCCUGAAUCAUUGUCAGCGGGUUUCACGCUUGCUUAAGUUCCUAACCAGUCUAAAUUCUGGAUCCUUGGUAAUGGCCCUUUCUCCAUUUGACUGACCCCCAAACUGCAACAUCCUGGAGUCUUCUACCUCAGGCAGAAGCCUUAGUCCUGCAGGGCAGCCUGGGACACAAUUAUCCCUAUGUGCCUCUAGCUACCAAGAUUGGUGGUAGUGACAAGGUAGAGUC